AUGUUUCGCAAUCGGCGCAAUACUCAGAAACCAGACGAGGAGUUGUACGCGGCCUUCAAGCAGAAUUUCCCCGAAGUAGGGCCUGGGUCGACCUCUUCAGCUCUGCAUGGGGAGGCCGGCGCUGCCCGCCGAUCGUCAACUUUAAGCGAGGCUAUCAUAGAUGAACCGUCGACAUCUCAGCGAGCCUUUGAAGGCCAGCCACCCGAGGUGAAGGAACAGGAUGCUACUCCUAAACCGUUCUCCGACGCCUGGCGGUUUACUCCUUCCCUCAUGGAUCCCAAUUCUUAUGCCUUCUCUGCCUUUGCCAACCAACCUCCGGGAUACUACACUCCCACUCCUGGUGGCUUUGGAACUCUCUAUCACCCUCAGGCGGGCGAUCUUCACACGCCCGGUAUGGGAAUGAAUACCCCUCUAUCACUACCGCACUCUGUCCACGGGCUCCAUGCCCAGGACCAGUUGAUGCACCUCCAGCACUUCAAUCCCCAUCUUCUGCACCAACCUCACCCAUUCCAGGAUCCUUUCCAUCCCCAGCAACCUCCUAUCCAUGUGCCCACGCAGCAACCACAGACAUUCGCUCCUCAGCAGUUCCUGCAGCAUCAGGACUCUGGCUAUGUCGCGAUGGACGAGACUCCCCAUAAGACGACCCCCACGCACGCCGAGAUCGGCAUUGAGCAGCCCAACAUCAAUCAACCGAUGCGACAGUCUAUGUCCGGAAGCGUCGCUAUGACCAGCCUACCCUCGGGGGAGAAAUUUCGCUUUCACACCACCUUGAAUGCUCCGACUGCCAUGGUCCGGCACGCGGAUGAGAUCCCUAUUACGUAUCUCAACAAAGGCCAAGCUUACACCAUGUCAAUAUGGGACACCACCCCUCCCAUGCCACAAAACACCGUUCUCAAGUAUCGGACUUACGUCCGAGUUUCCUUUGAGGACGAACAGCAACGGGCGCGACCGGGUGGAUGUUGGCAGCUAUGGAAGGAAGGCCGUGGAUCGAAUGAGGCGCAUCAGCGAGGUGGGAGACUUUUGGCGGUGGAAUUCGUGGACCAGAAUCCAGGUGGGGAGGACGAGUUACGGAAACCCCAACUUCUACUCGAGAAAGCCUCAUUUGAUGGAUUCGCCGUCACCUGGUCCCCAAAUUCCAUUAACGGAAGCCCCGAUUGCUCCAUAUCAAUCCGCUUCAAUUUCCUGUCCACGGACUUUAGCCAUUCGAAAGGAGUCAAGGGCAUCCCGGUUCGACUUUGUGCUAAGACCGAAUUGCUCACCCCUCAGACAAGCGCCAGUAACGAGCCAGAAGUAUGCUAUUCAAAAGUCAAGCUAUUCCGUGAUCAUGGUGCAGAGCGCAAACUAUCGAAUGACGUUGCGCAUGUAAAGAAAACGAUCGACAAGCUCAAACAACAGAUCGCCCAAGCUGAAGCAGGCCUGGGAAGUGCCGGAAAGAGAAGGAGAAGCAGUUCAAUUGCAAAAGCAUCAGCAUCCAGACCUGGAAAAGUUGUGAAACACAAACGGACUUGGUCCGUUGACUCGGAAGCGGAUGGUGUCAAAUUUUCCGCGGAAGAAGACCUUCAAAUGAAGCUAGUCAGCAUGCAGGAUAUGUUUUCUUCGACAAGACCUGUCAGUGUUUUGUUUCUGCGUGGUGAUGCAGAAGAUGAUCCUGAUCUCCACCCGGUCAAACUUCCUGGAGAUGAUCCUGAAGGCAAAGAAAUCGUGCGGACCGGUACAUGGGAAUCCAGACAGAGUGCAUCUGAUUCCCCCACGUCAAAUCCUGCUUCACCAUCUUCGAGCUCUGCAUCACAGGCCACCCCAAAGAGAAAAUUUUCCGACCUGCAACAGACCGCCAUUCUGGAAGAGGGGGAAAGCGAGUACGGCUACGAUCAUAAAGGAGGUGACUCUGGGUCAAGACCAGUGAAGAUCCUCAAACCAGAAGAGGCAUCUGUUGCUGGACCGGAUCUCUUUGCUGUUGAUGUGGAUAGCAGCUAUCGGCCUCCUGUGGAAAGGCCCAUUCGGCCAGUUGCGUGCUUUUACGUGCGCCAAAAAGACGCAGCGAAAGAAUACUACCGUGCAAUAUACUUGUUGCAGCGCACCGUCAAGGAUCUGGUCAACAACAUUGCAGCAAAAUUCCAGAUCGACCCUCACAGAGUUACUCAGGUCACGCACGUCAAUUCUCGCGGACUCCGCAUCAUCGUUGACGAGGACGUCGUCAGAGAACUCCCCGAGGGACAAGACAUGAUUGUUGAAUUCACACCGCUCGACGCUGAUCAGCCGGUAAAGCAAGAAUUCAUUGCACCCGCAGCCACAGAGGUGGUAGUCGACAGCGAGCUACCACUUACGGAGUCACUUGUCUCGGACCCGUUAGAAAUGUGGUUGAACUAUUGA